AUGCGAGGCGAAGGCGGAUCCGGAUCAGGGUCCAAGGCUGAGGGCACUGGCGAGGAGAUCCGUGGGAGCGACGACGACGACAACAUGACGCCGGCCCAGUCUCGAAGGAAGGCCCAGAACCGUGCUGCGCAACGCGCAUUCCGCGAACGCAAAGAAAAGCACGUCAAAGACCUCGAGUCCAAGCUCGCCAGCCUCGAAGCUGCCCAGAAAGAAGCCGCCAGCGAAAAUGAGCGCCUCCGACGAGACCUGCAGAGAAUGUCGACCGAAAACGAGAUCCUCCGGGCCACCUCCGCCGCCAACCAGAACCAGAGCGGCUCGCACUCCCCCGAGCCCAUCACGACCGGCCCCAUGACUUACACGCCCACCGACUUCUACACAAACGUGCUCCAGGGCCACAACAACAGGGGGCCCCCGCAUCGCAUCGUCACCUCUGACGACGGCCACAGGCUGUUCGCCGCCGGUGCUGCUUGGGAUUAUCUCCUGGAGCACUCGUUGUAUAAGCGUGGGCUGGUGGAUGUCAGCAAGGUGGCCGAGUACCUGAGGCAAGUGGCCAAGUGUGAUGGGCAGGGACCUGUCUUCUCCGAACGAGACAUCAACUAUGCCAUUGAGCAGAGCGUUGCCAGUGGCUCGGAUGAUCUCUUGUAG